ACACUUCCCAUACUGCAUUGCAAUGAAAACAGGAAGAAAGACACCAUGAGGAAAUAUUUUCCCAAAAUGAAUCGGAGAGCGAUGGAGGGAUGUGGUGCGGUGGAAUGAGUCGUAAACACAGCGCAUCAGCCAACAGCAGAUGGAAGAUAUCGAGGCUUUGGCUUUUCAGAGAGAGAGAGAGAAUACGUGUUCCAUGAGCUGAAUUCUGUGUUGGACAUCUCAUAUGAUGGAAAGGGCGAUGGAGCAUUUGAAUGUACAGCUGAAUCGACUCACGCGCUCCCUGCGCCGCGCGAGGACUGUGGAACUCCCAGAAGACAGUGAAACAGCUGUGUACACCCUCAUGCCCAUGGUCAUGGCUGACCAGCACAGGUCAGUUUCUGAAUUGCUUUUAAACUCAAAGUUUGAUGUCAACUAUGCCUUUGGUCGCGUUAAAAGAAGCCUUCUACACAUUGCUGCCAAUUGUGGAUCGGUAGAGUGUCUUGUCCUGCUGCUAAAGCGUGGAGCGAAUCCAAACUAUCAGGAUAUCUCCGGCUGCACACCUCUGCAUCUGGCUGCAAGAAACGGACAGAAGAAGUGUAUGGGCAGACUGUUAGAGUACAAUGCUGAUGUUAAUAUCUGCAAUAAUGAAGGUCUCACUGCGAUUCAUUGGCUGGCAGUGAAUGGAAGGACAGAGCUACUUCAUGACCUGGUGCAGCAUGUGUCUAAUGUGGAUGUGGAGGAUGCCAUGGGCCAGACAGCCUUACAUGUGGCCUGCCAGAAUGGACACAAGACUACAGUGCAGUGUCUUCUGGACAGCGGAGCAGACAUCAACAGGCCCAAUGUCUCUGGAGCCACUCCACUCUAUUUCGCCUGCAGUCAUGGUCAGAGGGACACCGCACAGAUACUGCUCCUCAGGGGAGCCAAGUAUUUGCCAGACAAGAAUGGGGUUACACCGCUUGACCUGUGUGUGCAGGGUGGUUAUGGCGAAACAUGUGAAAUUCUCAUCCAGCACCAUAGCAGACUGUUUCAGACCCUGAUACAGAUGACUCAGAACGAUGACAUUAAAGAGAACAUGCUAAGGCAGGUUCUAGAACAUGUUUCACAGCAGAAUGACUCCAACUACCAAAGGAUCUUGACCAGCUUGGCUGAGGUGGCCACCACAAACGGACAUAAACUGCUGAGUUUGUCCAGUAACUUUGAGGUCCAAACAAAGAGUUUGCUCCGAAUUAUCCGGAUCUUCUGUCAUGUGUUCUGUCUUGGGCCUUCCUCCCCAAACAACGGGAAUGACAUGGGUUACAACGGAAACAAGACACCACGUAACCAGGUGUUUAAGCCUCUGGAGCUGUUGUGGCACUCUCUUGAUGAAUGGCUGGUCCUCAUCUCCACCGAGCUGGAAAAGGAGAGCACAGACGCAACAACCUCAUCCUCAGGAAAUGACAUUGCGUCACUCUUCCUGAAAAAGCAGGAGGCCAACCCUUCUCUUUCCAGCGAAAAUCCUCCUCUGUUGCUGGACGCCAAUUCAGUGAUGAAGACGCCGGAGGGCUACGCCGAUGGUCAGGAUGUCAUCUCUAUGAUAGCCAAUCGCCUGAGUGCUGUGAUCCAGGCUUUCUACAUGUGCUGUUCCUGUCAGAUGCCACAUGGCAUGACCUCCCCUCGAUUCAUCGAGUUUGUCUGUAAACAUGAUGAAGUGCUCAAGUGUUUUGUGACGAGGAAUCCCAAAAUCAUCUUCAACCACUUCCACUUCCUGCUGGAAUGUCCUGAGCUCAUGUCUCGCUUCAUGCAUAUUAUUAAAGGACAGCCAUUUAAGGACAGGUGUGAGUGGUUUUAUGAACAUCUUUUGGCUGGACAGCCAGACUCGGAUAUGGUGCACCGGCCAGUUAAUGAAAAUGAUAUUCUUCUUGUUCACAGAGACUCAAUAUUCCGAAGCAGCUGCGAGGUUGUGUCCAAGUCCUCCAAUGAGAAACUCAAACAAGGCAUUGCAGUGCGGUUUCACGGUGAAGAGGGAAUGGGUCAGGGGGUGGUCAGAGAGUGGUUUGACAUUCUGUCCAAUGAGAUCAUCAACCCGGACUAUGCACUGUUUACACAAUCAGCUGAUGGUACCACGUUUCAACCCAACAGUAAUUCCUCUGUAAACCCAGAUCAUCUAAACUACUUCCGAUUUGCUGGUCAAAUCCUGGGUCUGGCUCUCUAUCAUCGACAGCUGGUGAACAUCUACUUCACACGCUCCUUUUACAAGCACAUACUGGGCAUCCCAGUGAGCUAUCAGGAUGUGUCCUCCAUUGACCCAGAGUAUGCUAAAAAUCUGCAGUGGAUUCUGGACAAUGACAUCAGUGACCUUGGCCUUGAGCUCACCUUCUCUGUAGAGACAGAUGUGUUUGGAACUAUGGAAGAGGUCCCUCUCAAACCAGGAGGGACUGUCAUUCAGGUCACCCAAGACAACAAGGCAGAGUAUGUGCAGCUGGUGACGGAGCUCAGGAUGACCCGAGCGAUUCAGCCGCAGAUCAAUGCCUUCCUGCAGGGCUUUCACACUUUCAUCCCCCCCUCGCUCAUCCAGCUCUUUGAUGAAUAUGAGCUGGAACUGCUGUUGUCAGGCAUGCCUGAAAUUGAUGUGAUGGACUGGAAGAAGAAUACAGAGUACACUAGUGGCUAUGACCUGCAGGAGCCUGUUAUACAGUGGUUUUGGGAAGUGGUUGAAAAUCUCACUCAAGAAGAAAGAGUCCUUCUCUUACAGUUUGUUACAGGAAGUUCAAGAGUUCCUCAUGGAGGAUUUGCUUUUCUGAUGGGCGGCAGCGGUCUGCAAAAGUUUACAAUUGCCGCUGUGCCCUACACAUCAAACCUACUGCCUACCUCCAGUACAUGUAUUAACAUGCUGAAACUCCCAGAAUACCCCAGCAAGGACGUCCUGCGUGAUCGUUUGCUGGUUGCACUGCAUUGUGGGAGUUACGGAUACACCAUGGCGUGACGCCGGCUUCUGCGUUUGCUGAGAAUUCUGCUCUGUGGACACAACGCACACAUGGCUCAAUUCAGGGAUUCUUCAACACUUCGAUUCAAAAGCCUUUAUAUUUUAUUUAUUUUUGGCAUGAGAAAAUUUAUGACAAGGACAUCAGUGAAUAAUGACGUGACUUAAUGAUACUUCAGGCACUGAGGCUGUUUUGUAUGUGAAAAGGAUGUUCAGGUCACAUUUCACCAUAAAUUCAAAAUAAGGAUUUCAUUGCUCAUUUUUAUGUAUUACACCAAAUGCAAUACUAUUAUACAGGUUUUGUUCAUUAUUAGUAUUAUUAUUUAUUAAAAUCCUUUAAAAUAUUUUGCUUUCAUUCAUAUAUAAUGUACAUGCACACUUGACAUUUUUUUCCCCACAAAAUCUAACUCAUAAAAAUAGGUUAGGCAUUUAAAUAUAGAAUUUUAUUUUUGGUGAAAUAUGACCUAGACGUGCUCUUCACGGGUUUCUUGAGGUUCACUCUUACAAAUUUGCCAAUGACUGAAUCCAAAUGGCCUGUUACAUGCAAAAGUCAGAAUUUUUUUUUUUUUUUUUACAUUAAUAAAUGUACACCAGGCUGUAUUAUUUCAGUUAUCUGAUGCUGUUCAACUCACGCCAUGCUUGAAUUGCAUGUGUGUGCAGAUGCAUGUGAGACGGUGAAAUAUCUAUAGCUUUUAUCACAACUGACAACUGUCAACACAUUAUUGAAAAUUGUAAUUUUGAGCAGUUGUAUUUUUUUUUUAAAUUAUAUUUCUGUUGCGUUGUUGUAUUGGUCUCUUGUGGCACACUUUCAGUUAGUGGUCUAGAAAGUUCUUUACUCUCAUGAUUAUUGUGCCAUAUAUAUUUUGAUGUACUCAGAUGUAUUUAGUUAUAUAUGGGGUUGUCAGCAUAGUCCAGGAAUUCUUAAUUUUAUAUUCUGUCUGAAUUGUUUAUGUGCAGUUAAGUUAUUCAGUAUAAAUGAUCAAAUAAUGUUAUAGGUGUGCCAAAUAUUCUCACAAGCAAAUCAUAUAAUUUCCUUUUGUAGAACAAGGACGUGUCAUGAAACGAUUUUGGAAAGGGAAGUCAUAUCAUUUUAGGAAUGUAUCAUAUCUUUACUAUUGGUUGUGGUUAAAGUGAAAAUGUAGAUAUAUGUAUAAAUUUAUUUAUUCUAAUUUGUGAUUAUGAUUUUGGAUUCAAAUUUGUUUUUGUACUGGUAAUAACAGAGUAUACUGUACAAUCUUUUGGAUAUUACAGGUGGGCAUCAAAAAAUAUUAAAGUAUGCUUUUUAUUAAAAAUGAACCUAACAGA